AUGGAAUCUGAAAUCGUGGCCAGGUCCGACGAGUAUCUGGCGAAGCCUAGUGGAUUAUGUUGCCUGGAGGGAACAAUCCAUAAAGACGAAGCGCGAGGAGGAUGGGGAAUGAUCGAGGGGAUCGAGACAUACAUCGCUACCCCAUCAAGCACAAAGGCUAACGGGCAUGUUCUACUAUACUUUCCCGAUAUCUGGGGAUUAUUCCUCAAUAGCCUUUUGGUCAUGGACGCAUUCGCCGAUGCUGGGUACCUCACUCUUGGGUUAGACUAUUUUCGCGGUGACCCUGUGUGGAAGCAUCGAAAAGACAGACACGACAGAACUACAGACCCCACUUUUGACUAUGAGGCAUGGAAAAAGAAGCACCUUGAAUUUGCAGAUGAGGCAGUGCCGAGAUGGGUUCAAGCUGUAGCAGCGCAGUAUGGAAACUCGGGCGCAAAGAUAGCUUGCGUGGGUUAUUGUUUCGGGGCCCCGUACGUAUGCGCCGAAUUGGCCAAGGGGACUGUCGCUGCUGGCGCCUUCGCACAUCCCGCUUUUCUCCAAGAGCGUCAUUUUCGAAAUAUCAAGAAACCCCUCUUCCUUUCCUGCGCCGAGACUGAUCACACUUUCGAUCUUCCUUCGAGGAGACGCGCGCUAGAUAUACUACAAGAAGAAAAGAAAUUCUAUCACUAUCAACUAUUUGCCGGCGUGGAACAUGGCUUUGCCUUGCGAGGCGACCCAGAGGAUCCUUAUCAACUCAAACGGAAAUCAAUGAUGCCCCCCCCACGAGCCCUAGAUUUCACGGGAGAAGUCGCUAUAGUGACAGGAGCUGGCUCGAGAAUGGACAAUGAGAUUGGCAAUGGCCGCGCUACAGCUAUCCUUCUGGCCCGCCAUGGGGCGAAGGUUGCCCUGCUCGACAUAAACGUUGACUGGGCGAAGGAGACGAAGCGAAUGAUUGACGAAGAAGGAGGGGCCUCGGAAAUCAUUGAGGCUGAUGUGACAGAUGAGGCUUCGUGCAAAAGCGCCGUGGCCAAAACAGUUGAACUUUGGGGUGCAGUUCAUAUUCUCGUGAACAAUGUGGGUGUCGGAGGGGCAAUAGGUGAUGCGACGUCUCUAGAUUUCGAAGCCUGGGACAGGGACUUCCGUAUUAACGUGACAAGUAUGGUUCUAAUGGCUCGUUACGCUAUCCCGGAGAUGCGGAAGCAAGGGCGCGGCUCAAUCGUCAACAUGUCCUCGGUCAGUGGUUUACAGGGUGGCAACCCUAGCUUGCUCUACACAACCACAAAAGGUGCCAUCGUCCAGAUGACGCGAGCAAUGGCCGCGCAUCACGGCCAGGAAAACAUUCGCGUCAACUGUGUCGCUCCCGGCAUGGUCUAUACUCCGAUGGUUCGCGGGCGUGGUAUGACGGAUGAGAUGAGGCAAGCUAGGAUUAACCAGAACUUGAUGAAGAAAGAGGGUACUGCGUGGGAUGUCGGCCAUGCGAUCUUAUUUCUCAGCAGUAAAGAAGCUGGCUGGAUCACGGGUCUCAUCAUGCCAGUUGAUGGAGGUACCACUGCUGGGACGGCAGAUCGGCCAGCACUUGCAGCAGACAUUCUCACCGCGUCUAACACUAGAAUCUCAAAUGAACUUUAG